UUCAAAACCGAAUUACUGAGCUAUCAUCAUGUCUGGACGUGGAAAAGGAGGCAAGGGACUGGGAAAGGGAGGCGCCAAGCGUCAUCGCAAGGUCUUGCGUGACAACAUCCAGGGUAUCACCAAGCCCGCUAUCCGCCGUCUGGCCCGCCGAGGUGGUGUCAAGCGUAUCUCUGGUCUGAUCUACGAGGAGACCCGUGGUGUCCUCAAGGUUUUCCUCGAGAACGUCAUCCGUGAUGCCGUUACCUACUGCGAGCACGCCAAGAGAAAGACCGUCACCGCCAUGGAUGUCGUCUACGCUCUGAAACGCCAGGGCCGUACCCUGUACGGAUUCGGCGGUUAAGCCAGCACACCCAACCAAAAACAACCGGCUCUUUUCAGAGCCACCACAAA